CGCCGCGCUUCCUCCUCCUUCUCCUCCUCCUCCUCCUCUUCUUUCACCACCUCCGCCUUCCACCACCCUCGCUACGUGUGCUGUUUACUUUGAACAAAUAUAUACCGUGGCUGUGCCUGCGGCGGAGAGAUCGCGUCCCCUCGCACGGCUCACGGCCACCAGAAGACUCGUCUACGAAGACGCGCGGAUGGGAAAGUAUACCCGUACCGAGAUACGUGCGGACCGUGUGGAACGUACGAAACGCCACGACGCACGGUCCUGUGUGUACACACACGCUCGGGCCCAACGUUCAACCUCUAACCGGAAGCUUCACCACCACACCGUCACCGUCGCCACCACCACACUACCACUACCAUACCAAUCCCGCACUCCGAUCAACUCCGAUCGGCCAACCGUCUGUCUCGUCCCGUCGCUGCUCGUCCAGCCCGAUCAGCUGAUCGCCGUUCGGUCGCCCCCCUUCCGCCCCGCGCGCCAGUGCGGCCACUUCUGUCGUCUACUUCGACGCUUUUAUCCGGUGCUGCUACUGUUGCCGUCCACGGCCGUCGUAAUCGCCGUAAACAACGCUCGCGCGAGCCCACGCGCGUGGCGGUCGGCGUUCUCGCGCGAACGCCGCCCUUAAUUCAUGUUCGUCGGGAACGAGUCGAUUGUCGACGACGUCCGCAAUUCGCGACGGAGACCUGUCACACACCGUAUGUCACAUCCGUUCCCGGCGGUUCCCGGAGUCAGAAGUAAACACACUGCUACAAGUCAUGGAAGCCAGCGGCGCGUCGCGGCCUUUACACGUACUACUCACGGGUCCGCCAGGGAUAGGUAAAACCACAGUAUGCAAGAAAAUCGCGUCGGCGUUGGAGAAAAAGGGCAGCAGAUUCGACGGAUUUUACACGGAGGAAGUGCGAGAUCGGACCGGCUCCAGGAUCGGCUUCGACAUCGUGGGAGUAAAGAAUUCUGGAAACAGAUUAUCCUUGGCGCGAUUAAAAAGCUUAACAGAGGCGCAAAAGGCUUCCAAGUACCAAGUGGGAAACUACCGUGUUUUCCUGGACAAUUUCGAGGCUGUGGCGCUUCCGAUAUUGGAUUUGGACACUGACGUGUUGCUCGUCGACGAAAUCGGCAAGAUGGAACUGUUCAGCAAAGACUUCAAGAAGAAAAUAACGGACAUACUUUUCGGUUCGUCUAAGAAAGCUUUCGUGAUCGGGACUAUCCCGCAGAUACACAAAGUGCCGCAGCAACACGCGGCGCUGUUCGAGAAGUUACACGCGAACGAGAGAAUCAAGAUUCUGAAUGUGACCCAUGGAAAUCGAAACAGUCUGCCGGAUGAGAUCACUCGUUAUUUCUCAUAAAUUUGUACCAACGUAUACUCGUUAUUUUAUUAGUCGCGUUAAAAUAAAAUAUCUAUUUAUGUAUGUA